CUUAAAUACAGCACCGCGCUAGUCCUCUCCUCUCUCGCGCCGCACACACUGACCAACAGCUAGCUCAGCUGCACGCACUGCACCUCCCGGCCCAGCCGCCGGCCAGCAUGGAGGCGGUGGUAGAGUGCGCCAAGUGCGAGUGCUGCGGCCUGGUGGAGGACUGCACCCGGGACUACAUCCUGGGCGUGCGCGCGGCCUUCGGCGGGCGGUGGCUUUGCGGCCUCUGCUCCGAGGCGGUGCGGGACGAGGCGGCCAGGGGCACGACGGCCAGAGGCCCCACCGCCGCGGGGCUGGAGGACGCGCUCCGGGACCACAUGGCCUUCUGCGGCAAGUGCAGGCGGAGCCCCGCGUUCCGGGUCGCCGACGGCAUGCGCCAGAUGCUGCGCAGGUGCUCCAAGUGACUGCUGGCGCCGGCCGCGUCGUCGUCGGCGGCGGCGUUGCACGGCGAAAAAUCGGCAGUGCGACCCACCCGCGUCGUCUAGCGAGCCUUUGGGCAUGGACAAGCAAGACAAGACAAAGGCGACCACGCCGGCCAUUGGCCAUUGCUGUGUCGUCUCCGCGCAGUGAGCUGCUGGCAACAUCAUGUAUGUGCAAGGAAAUGGCUCGGCAGUCGGCAGUAUUAGGGUGUUUAGUUUGGUGAUCUCUGAGAACCCAGGGACUCGUAGGUGCUGUAAAGGUGAAGCUAGAACUAGAACGCCGCUACAUCAGUCAGUGCCAUUAGGCUUAGUACAUUCUUCAGGCUACAGCUGUUUCGUCAAUAAGGAAACUACGUGUAUGAUCUGCGGACGGCAGGCGAAAAUAGCACGUAGUACAAUUCCAUUCCUACAUAUCCGGUCUGUCCAUGCUCUGCAUAUUUCUUUCUCUAGAGGGGAUGUAAUGUAACGCAAUGCAACACCCCUACCUGGCGUGGGUGUGGGUGUUUGGAGGGGGUACCAUUUGUUUCUAGAUUUCAAAUGUGACGUCACUCGAAUAUUUGCGGUAAUAAGUUUAAAUAAAUUAGUA